UCCUCUCCACUCUUCUCUCUCUCUCUCAAAAUGGCAGGACUCUCUGCUGGACUCUCUGCCCUGAUUGUUAUUGUACUUGUCUAUGAGAGCUGCAGUGCUGAUGAUGGUCAUCGCUGUGCUCCUUCUUCCUGCGGCGAUAUCCAUAACAUAAGCUAUCCCUUUCGAUUACAACACCAACCACAAAACUGCGGCCUCCCAAAUUAUACCCUGUCUUGUGAUAGCAAUUACCAAACAGUGUUAGACUUAUAUGCCGGAAAAUACUACGUACGGCAAAUCAAUUACGAAAACUACACAAUCCGAGUGGUAGACUCUGGUAUUCAUCACCUAUCCAUCCCUCUUCAUUUUCUAAACAGCAAGAAUUUCAGUGAUGGGGAUCCAUAUACCUCGUAUGAGUCGUAUCCACGAUGGAGAUCUAGCGAACUAUCAGAGGGUACAGUGGUUUUCUUGAUGUGUGAAAAUCCGGUGAAUUCCCCAUUCUAUUUGGAGGCUUCAACUUGCUUCAGUAAUAAUGGAGAGUAUUCUUCCAACUCUUCCAAGAUGUAUAGAUAUGUUAAAGUCGGCAGAACGAAAGCAGCGGAUGUGGAGGACUCUUGCCAAAUAGAUCGAAUGGUUCCGACAUCGUGGCCAGGAAAUAUUGCCUGUUCAGACGUCCACAACGCAUUGGAAUAUGGUUUUGAGCUUUCAUGGCUCGAAUUUAAGUGUAACCAAAGCUGCGGAUCAGGACAGUACUGCUCCUUGGAUGACGCGAAUGGUGUUCAUUGCGAGCGUCGAUAUCGAUAUCCACUAAUUGAAUCUAUCCUACGCUACGUAUUCUCCUACGGUGAGGCUUCUCUCUCAAAAAAGUUGGUUGCGUGA